AUUAAGUACAGUUUUUGGAAAAACCCCGUUUUUCGCAUAAAUCACAUUAUUUUUCACUGCCCUUUUUGAAAAAUGAUUUAAUAUUUGCCCAACUUAGAGCAGGCGGCCUUUGCAAAAAUUAAAAUAUCAUUAUCUAAAAAUUUGUAUAAAACUUGGCCAGGUAAAACUCAUUACCGUAUUUAAUGAAUUUUUCUUGCCAUCGAUAUUGGCUUUUCAUUGUAGUUGGUGACAUUUGACAGACAAUUUUUUCUUGCUAAAAAAUUUAAAAGCUAAAUCAAUGAAAGCAAUUUCAACCUUCAAUGGAAUAAUUGGUGACCGCAAUAUUCUUAUACUUCCGGAAUAAGCUAUAAAGGAAAUAUUUGCAAAAUUAAACAUUGACAAGGUUCAUCCCUAAUUAAGUAAAAAUCGGAAAGAGCAAUUAAUAGAAAAUGGAUAAGACUGUUCAGCUUGUGCCAUAUGAAUGCGAAAGUGAUGAAACCUUCAGUCUAUACUCUGACACGAGCUAUUCACCAUCAAGUAGCGGAUCUGAAUUUUCGGAUUAUGAGGUUAGUAGUGCCCAUAACUUAACUAGGCGAAAAAAAGCAACAAACGCGCCUGGAAGGUAAAUAUUGUUAAGUCACGACGGUCCAAAUGUCUACCCUAUAAAAAUAAAUACAAACAAUGUCUCGCUAAAGUACCAAGGGAAGUUAAUUGCUCGAAUUGCGCCUUUAAAUGCAAUAGCAACUUCUCAGAUAAAGACAGAUUAGAUAUUUGUAAAUCGUACUGGGGGCUUGCUAAUUAUAAUCGACAAAAGGACUUUAUUCUCAAAUAUGUUACUAUGAAAGAGCCGAAACGGCGAAAAGUAUCUAUUGAUAGUAAGCGAGCCCGUUCCGUAUCUAAGUCAUAUUAUUUAGAAACCGAUAAGGGCAGAAGACGUGUAUGUGCAAAAUUUUUCGAGAAGACAUUGUGUAUUUCCAACGGACCAAUAAACACAGCCUUCAGAGGCCGUAAUAGAAGUGGGUGUUAUGAUAACGGCGAUAGAAGAGGUCACAAAGCUCCUGGUAAUAAAACCAGCGAAAACGAUAUUGCCCUUGUAAAAAAACAUAUUGAGAGUUUUCCUGUAAUGGAAUCCCAUUAUUCAAGACAGUCUACCAAAAAAUUAUAUCUAGAUUCAAAUUUAACUAUUUCAAAAAUGCAUGACUUAUAUAAAAACGAUUUUUGCACAGAAAAUAUGAUUUGCUCUCCAGUUAACGAAAAAACAUAUAGACGGAUAUUUUGCGACAAUUAUAAUUACUCAUUUUUUAAACCCAAAAAGGAUCUUUGUGCUUUGUGCUAUAAGUAUGAGAAGGCGACUACUAUUGAAACAAAAAAGGAACUUGAAACCGAAUAUUGCUUGCAUUUAAUUAGAAAAGGCGAAUGCAAUGAAGCAAAACGCUUUGAUAAACAAAGAUGUAAGGAGGAUCCUUCAUUUCUUACUUGCACCUUUGAUUUGCAAAGUGUUCUCCAUAUUCCCAGCUCAGAUGUUUCAUUAUUUUAUUACUCGCGAAAAAUAUGCGUGUAUAAUUUAACUAUUUAUGUUGGAGAUGGGGAAGAAGCGCAUUGCUUCACGUGGAACGAACUCCAUGGCAAACGUGGAAGCAACGAAAUAGGCUCAAUCUUGUAUAAGUUUCUUCUAAGUCUGCCUGCCACGGUAAAGGAAAUAUCUUUAUUUUGCGAUACUUGUGGCGGCCAAAAUCGAAAUCAGCAAGUAGCUGCAGUAUUACUACACGUCUUACAUGUUGCCAGUAAUUUAGUAAAAAUUGAACUUAAGUUUCUAGAAUCAGGACAUACAUAUAUGGAGUGUGACUCUAUGCAUUCAGCAAUAGAGGUCGCUAAACGGCAUAAAACUGCAUUUUGCAUGAAUGAUUGGGCUGAAAUUUUCAAAUCUGCUAGAAGAAAGCGAACAAAUAAGUAUCAAGUACAUAUGCUUACGUAUAACGAUUUUUACAAUUUACACGAAUUGGCAUUAGCAACAAUAAAAAACCGUAACAAGGAUAAAGAGGGCGUAAAAGUUUCUUGGCUGAAAAUUAAAUGCAUAAAAGUGGAAAAGUCCAAACCUGACACCAUAUAUUACAGAUAUGAUCACACUAGUGACUACAAAGAAAUAAAUAUCAGUGCAGGGAGAGGUCGACCUCGAACGCGUUCUGCUAAUCUGAGCCCUGCGUAUGAAGCGAUGCUUCCGAUAUCUGCAGCAAAAAAGCAGAUCUUAUAAAACUUUGCAAUGCCGGACAAAUACCAGAGGAAAUGGUGCCAUGGUAUAAGAACUUGCCAUCAACAACAUUUACCGGAAGGGAAUCUUUGCCUUUAUUCGAAAGAAGCGAUAACGAAUCAGAUGAAAAUUUAAAUUGUGCACAUGUAUUUACAUUAAUAAAGGGA